GGAAUGGAACGUGUGGGUGUAUUUGUUGAUAUUUUCUCCGAUCAUUUCGUCUAUAUUCCUUAAAUUUAGAUGAUGUUACUGAUACGUAAUGCAUAAAGUUUAGGGCUCAAGUACUCAAGACAACCUUUCUCCGUACAAAGAUGCAAUGAGCAGAAAUAUGGAGCAUCCGCUUACCCUCAAACUAAGUUCUUUGAGCGUCAUAUCUCAGUGCAAAUUAGAACGGAUACUCUCGCUAUGUGGCGAUAAAAAGGACUUAAUUAUUGAUCCCGUACUAAUCAAGCCCUUGGAAAGAAUAUGUGGCGUCAGCUGGCUACGACAACAUGGUAUUGACAAAAUCUACAAAAUGGACCCACAGUUGGGUCCCACAGCAAACACAAACCGAGUAUACUUCAUCCCAUCCUGCAUCCAGAAGUACAAGUGUGUUCUUGACCAGAUAUCUUCUGUACUCAGCCAAAACUCCUCCCUAGCCGACCAGAACUGCUUUCACAUUAUAAUAGUACCAAAAGUAGUAUGCUCUUAUGAUUCUCUAUUAGAAAGCAGAGGCCUAUAUGGAGUCGUCAAACUACACCCAUUUACCUGGGAACUUAUGGCUUUAGAUGAACAGCUACUGAGCUUAGAACUGCCUUUUUUAUUCAAGCAGUUAUUUGUUGAGCAAAAUCAUUCCUUAUUGUCAAGCAUUUCCAUGUCAUUGUGGAGUUUAUUCCAUGUCAUAGGCCGGCCUAAGGCAAUUUUUUCAGUUGGGAAGUUGUCAGCAAGUGUUUUGGAUAUGCUUGAGGUUUACAAUGAAACUUAUGCAAGGGAUUUCUUGACAGAAGAAAGUUCAAAUGAUAUUGGUGCAUUGAUAGUUAUUGAUAGAAGCCAGGAUUAUGCCUCUAGUCUUCUCACUCCUGCCACAUACAGUGGAUUGCUGAGUGAAAUAUUUAAAAUUACCUGUGGACACUUAGAACUGAAUGUACAAGACACUAAGAUAAAGAAAGGAAAGCUAAGUUUUGACUUUGAAGAAGAUAAAACGGUAGCAAAAAAUACAAUUAUGACUUUAGAUAGCUCCAUAGAUUGCCUUUAUGGAGAGAUAAAAUAUAGACAUUUUUCAGAAGUGCUAAGUGUACUUAGCUCAAAAGCGAAACUGCUGAAAAAUGAAGAUAUUAAAGCACUGGGAAUACAAGAAAUUAAGCAUUUUGUGGCCACAAAAUUACAACAAGUCACACUUUUCAAGCAAAGCCUAGUCAACCAUGUAUUAGCUUGUGAAACCAUAAUUUCAGAAAUGAGCAAUAAGUUUGAGAACCUCAAAGUGACAGAGACAGAUAUGCUUAAUAACAACAAUAAGAAAUCAAACUUCACUUUUGUUGAUGAGAAUUUUGGCACUGACAUACACAUCUACAACAGCUUAAGGCUUAUGUGUUUAUUAAGUUUAACACAAGGACUGUCCUAUGACGAAUAUAAUUCACUAGUAAACAAGUAUUUACUAGCUUUUGGAUACAAUUUCUUAUAUGUAUUUAACAAUUUGAUAAAUGCUGGAUUGCUAAUUCAACCAUCAACAUUAAAAUUGUCUCUUAACAUUUCAAAUCUUGGAAACUUAAGUGACAGAUUACCGAAAUGGCAGAAUAGUUUUCAAACUACAGCUAAUAAACUAAAAAUGCUUCCUCCUGAGGACUCCAGUAAAUCAUCACCGGGUUACGUUUUCAAUGGAGGCUAUAUACCCUUGAUAGCAACACUUUGCAAUACUGUAUUGACAUCUGAAUCCUUGCUGGACGUUUUGACUAAACUGUCCGCUUUACCAGAUUUAAAAGUUGGCGGAAAAAUAGUUGAGAACUUUAAAGUUGGUAUAGAAACUUUUAACGAGAAAAUAGAUAAUUUAAAACCCCAAAGCGAUCUCGAUUUCGGUUGCAAAGAUGCGAAAAACUUAGUUAAAUUACUUAAAAAUGACACCAGAGUAGGUGGGUUUCCGCUCAAGCCUAAAAGUGUGUUAGUAUAUGUUGUUGGGGGUGUGAACUAUGCUGAAAUAGCGGCGUGCGAUGUCAUACAAACCGCGACGGGCAGCAAGAUAUUUGUGGCAGGCGACUGCAUAGCUAACGGGGGUGAUCUUAUGGCUGCUAACACGUGAGGUCACUGUGUAAAGAAUAUUAACAUUAAAAUUAUCAGGGAAGUAAAUAAAGACUGAUCAAUUUCACACGUAGUGUAUAAUUAAGUACAUACUUAGAUGUGAGGUUUUAGCUUCGGUUUAUAAUAUUAUCAGAAUUUUUUAUUCAGACAUUUAUGCUGAAUACAUUGCGUGAUUGCGUCCAAUAGGAUCACCUGGGUAAAAAAAUAUGCAAAUUUUAAGUAACAAAUAAUCUUUCUUUCUUUCAAAUAAGUAUUAUGUGUAAACAACUUAUUUAUUUUUCUAUAUUGGUGUUAUAUGUGAAAUAAAUAUAGGUACCUAAAAUGUAAUUUGUAAGAUAACAAAGGUUAAAAAAGGAUUUGUUGAAAACACUUGUUAUUUCCUAUUUAUUGUGAAAUUUCAUCUCAUCUCAGUAAUUGUGCUGGGUCUCGAAGAUUAAAAACAGCCAUAUGUACACCUACUGGUUAAGAGAGAAAUAUCCAUGAAACCAGAAUCUCAUAUAUUAUUUGUAUCGUUCAAUCUGGUACCAUAGUUACACAUGUGAAAAUGAAAAAAACGUUACUAGAUUAUUUCCUAAGAAUGUACGUAACUAUUAUUUAGCAAUGGCAAUUAAACAAUGUUAUAAUAUUAAUAAAUUUUAUUUUAUAAUACUAUUAUCACAGUACAAAAUGGAUUAUCUUAGAAGCAACACUUCUUAAUAACAUAUGCAUUACACUAAAUUAUAAGAUUUACAAGCUAUACCUACACUCAAUCGUUUUUUUAAAGGAAAUUAAUUGUUACUUGCUCAGUUUAUGAUAGUCAGAUAAGAUGCAUACAACAAUAAUUGUCUAUUAUGGUCGGGUUGAACAAUGAACAGACCAUGGUAUUAUUAUUAGAUUUCUUUUCGUUUAGUCUUAUAGGAAAUGGAUUUAUCCUGAAGCGAUAACAAAAAUAAGAAAAACGCCAUUUAAAUUAAAAAAGAUCAAAUCUGGGGCCCGUUUCUCAAAAGCUUGUAACUUGUAAUACAAGCGGAUGUCACUUUUUGACAGCCUUUGUUAGAAAGGGACUUCCACUUGUAUUACAAGCUACAAGCUUUUGAGAAACGGGGCCUUGUUUACACAUUAUUAAUUAAUGUACAAUGCAAAAGGCAAGUGUAUCAAAACCCCGUCUCGUUUUAAUGAGUUUCUAGAAACUUGUGUACGAAAUAUCAUUAUGUAUUUCAAUGUAGGAUGUUUUUCAAUGUAGGUAAACAUAAUGAAACCUGAAAAAGCUCAGUCUAUGUGUAAACCUUCUUCUAGGUCUGUACCUAAUAAACAGUGAGGUAAACAUUUAAAUAAAAGUAUAUUGCCGU